AUGGGGCUGGGCUGGAGGUAUUUUGUGGGCUUAGUGCUGCUCUGGUCCCUGUGGCCAACCCUUGGGCAGGGGGACUUCCGCAGGGUCAGUUUUUCUGUCUUGCCGCGUGGAUAUGAGUAUGAUUGUGGAGACUAUGGGAUGCAGCUGCUGGUCUUUCCUAGGCAAGGCCACACCAUCCGCUUUAAAGUUGUGGAUGAGUUUGGGACUCCCUUUGAAGUUACAAACUGCUCCAUCUGCUACCACUGGAUCUCAUCUGGUGAGAAAGGGGAGGUGAUCUUCUCAGCUGGCUACAAUGGCUGCCAUGUGCUGAGGCAGGAUGGCCGUAGCCUCCUGAGGGUCCGAGUGGAGGAAUUACUGAGCACCAGGGCCAUCGCUGCCACCCAUGACGUGAACAUUACCUGCCCCAAGCCCACUGAACAUGACUUAACCCCAGAGGAGACCAUGCGCUACCUGCCCGUGCCGCGCCCGGUGCCCGUGCCGCGCCCGGUGCCCGUGCCGCGCCCGGUGCCCGUGCCGCGCCCGGUGCCCGUGCCGCGCCCGGUGCCCGUGCCGCGCCCGGUGCCCCACAUCUAUCCUCGACCAAGCAGCAUAGGUACUCAUCUCACACAGGAGCAGUGCCGCGUGGUGGCUGGGAAGAUCCCCUGUGCAGACACCCCAGGCCAAGCUGCUUGCAUUCAGGCUGGCUGCUGUUAUGAUGAGACUGACCCUACUACCCCCUGCUACUAUGGCAACACAGUCACUGUUCAGUGCCUUGUGGAUGGUCACUUCAUUCUGGUGGUCUCCAGGGACAUGUCUGAUCACCCCAUCAUCCUGGACAGUGUCCGGCUAGCCUAUGCCCAAACAGGAUGUGAUCCCAUCAGAAUGACAGAGGCUUUUGUGAUCUUCCGAUUCCCUGUCAUGCAGUGUGGCACAACAGUCCAGGUGAUCCAUGACAAACUGAUCUAUGAGAACCAGCUGAUCUCUGGCAUCAACAUCCAGACUGGACCAGAUGGCUCCAUCACCCGGGACAGCACCUUCAUCCUCCAUGCUCGCUGCAUCUACAAUGCCAGUGGCUUCCUGCCAGUCCAGGUGGAGGUGUUCUUGCCCCCCACACCUGCUCCAGUCACCCAGGCAGGACCCCUCCGGCUCGAGUUGCAAAUUGCCACAGAUGUGAGCUACGCAUCCUAUCUCACAGAAGGAGACUAUCCUGUGGUGAAGGUACUCAGGGAUCCUGUCUACAUGGAGGUUCGCAUCCUGCAGAGAACAGACCCAUCCCUGGUUCUGGUUCUGCACCAGUGUUGGGCUACCCCAAGCACUAACCCCCUGCAGCAGCCACAGUGGCCCAUCCUGGUGGACGGGUGCCCAUUCCUGGGCGACAACUACAGAACCCAGCUUGUGCCCAUGGUCACUGCCUCAUCUGAGCUGCCCUUCCCAACUCAUCACCAGCGCUUUGUCCUCUCCACCUUUGCCUUUGUGGACUCUUCCUCUCAGGUGGUUCUUGAUGGACAGGUGUACAUUUACUGUAGUGCCUCUGCUUGCUAUCCCUCCUGGCUGGAGCCCUGCAGGACAGCGUGCCCAUCAGGUGCUACUGCAAGAGGCCGCCGGUUCCUGGAUAUCAACAAUGGGACAGAACCCCAGGACCUAGUGAGUUCUCAUGGCCCUGUGAUCUUCCAGGAGAGCCCUGAGCCAUGGAAAGAACAAGUCUAUGAGAACAAGGACCCUGUCUCCAGACUUGACCUGACUCUGGUGCUUCUGGCCAUGCUCUCACUGGUGGUUGUGGUUUCCCUCAUUACUGUGACACUUCUCCGUAGGAGAAGCAGCUGGAUGACAAGGUCCCAAAUAUUCCAUGGCAGAUCAUUGGUCAGUUUCUCUGUCUUGCAAUAUGGUUAUAAGUAUGAUUGUGGAGACUAUGGGAUGCAACUGCUGGCCUUUCCCAGACAAGGCCAUGCUGUCUGCUUCAAAGUUGUGGAUGAGUUUGGGACACCCUUUGAAGUUACCAACUGCUCUAUUUGUCUCCACUGGAUCACAUCUGGUGAACAAGGAGUGACGAUCUUCUCGGCUGGCUACAAUGGCUGCCAUGUUCAGAAGAAGGAUGGGCAUAACUAUCUACAGGUCCGAGUGGAGGAACUAUUGAGCACCGAGGCCAUUGCUGCCACCCAUGAUGUGAAUAUGACCUGCCCCAAGCCCACUGAACAUGACUUAACCCCAGAGGAGACGGUGCGCCCGGUGCCCGUGCCGCAGCUGGGCCUGGUGUGCCCGGUGCCCCUCAUCUAUCCUCCACCAAGGAACAUGGGUGCCCACCUCACACAGGAGCAGUGCCACGUGGUGGCUGGGAAGAUCUCCUGCCAAGAUGCCCCAGGCCAAGCUGCUUGCAUCCAGACUGGCUGCUGUUAUGAUGAGACUGAUCAUACAACCCCCUGUUGUGUUGCAGUCACUGUUCAAUGCCUUGUGGAUGGUCACUUCAUUCUGGUGGUCUCCAGGGACAUGUUUGAUCACCCCAUCAUCCUGGACAGUGUUCGGCUAGCCUAUGCCCAAACGGGAUGUGAUCCCAUCAGAAUGACAGAGGCUUUUGUGAUCUUCCGAUUCCCUGUCAUGCAGUGUGGUACCACUGUCCAGGUGAUUGGGGACAAACUGAUCUAUGAGAACCAGCUGAUCUCUGGCACUGAUGUCCAGACUAGGCCAGAUGGCUCCAUCACCCGGGACAGCACUUUCAUUCUCCAUGCUUGCUGCAUCUACAAUGCCAGUGACUUCCUGCCAGUCCAGGUGGAGGUCUUUUUACCUCCACCUGCUCCAGUCAGCCAGGCAGGACCCCUCCGGCUUGGGCUGCGGAUUGCCACAGACAGGAUCUACAGAUCCUACCUCACGGAGAGAGACUACCCUGUGGUGAAGGUACUCAGGGACCCUAUCUACGUGGAGGUUCACAUCCUGCAGAGAACAGACCCUAACCUGGUUCUGUCUCUCCACUACUGCUGGGCCACCCCAAGCGCUAACCCUCUGGAGCAGCCACAGUGGCCCAUCCUGGUGGACGGGUGCCCAUUCUUGGGAGACAACUACAGAACCCAGCUUGUGCCCAUAGGAUCUGAGCUGCCCUUCCCAACUCACCACCAGUGCUUUGUCCUCUCCACCUUUGCCUUUGUGGACUCAGCCUCCCAGAUAGCACUUGAUGGAGAGGUCACCCAGGUGCUUGGUGCAGAUAAGGGGCAGGAGGGCAGUGGAACAUGCCUCUAG